AUGUCUGCUCUUCAGAUCCUCGGCCUCGUGGCCGGUAUUGCCAGCACCGUCUCGGCUCACGGUUACGUCUCUGGUAUUGUCGUUGGCGGCAAGUACUACCAAGGCUACGACCCUUCGUUCUCCUACAUGAGCCCUCCUCCCAAGGUCAUCGGCUGGACUACCACUGUGACCGACAACGGCUUCGUUGCGCCAUCUGCCUACAAGACCAGCGACAUCAUCUGCCACCGCGGUGGUGCGCCAGGCCAGGCCUCCGCCACUAUCGCUGCCGGCGGCAAGGUCGAGCUCCAGUGGACCGAGUGGCCCGAGAGCCACCACGGCCCAGUCAUCGACUACAUGGCCAAGUGCCCAGGCAAGUGCGAGGACGCCGAUCCAUCAUCCCUCGAGUUUUUCAAGGUGUCUGAGGGUGGCCUCAUCAACGGCAACCCGGCGCCCGGCAAGUGGGCGAGCGACGACCUCAUCGCCAACAACAACACCUGGGAGACGACCAUCCCCAGCACUCUCGCACCAGGCAACUACGUUCUCCGUAACGAGAUCAUCGCUCUGCACUCCGCUGGCCAGGCGGACGGCGCGCAGAACUACCCUCAGUGCAUCAACCUUCAGGUUACCGGCAGCGGCAGCGACAAGCCGGCUGGUGAGCCCGCGACCCAGUUCUACACGCCUACCGACCCUGGCAUCAAGGUUGACAUCUACGGCGGCCUGAGCAAGUAUGUCAUCCCCGGCCCUGCGCUCUACGGCAAGGGUGGAUCCAGCUCGCCUGCGCCAUCAUCGGCACCGGCUGCUCCAUCUUCCUCUGCGCCAGUCUACUCCUCGGCCGCGGCUGCGCCAUCUUCCACUGAGAAGCCUGUCUCCAAUGACUCGCUUUCCUACAUUGCUCCUUCCAGCUCUGCCGCCGCCGUCUCCUCAUCCGCCCCAGUCUACUCGGUCCCGGCGUCUAGCUCCGCUGGCGCAAUCUCCUCCUCUGCACCAUACGCAUCCAGCUCUGCUGUUGCCAGCUCAAGCAAGUGCACCACCCGCAUCACCAUCUCCUCCUCGGCUGCCGCAUCCAGCUCAGCUGGCGCCGCCUCGGGCUCCGCAGCCUACCCCGCCGCCAGCUCCAGCGGCAGUGCCUACCCCCUCCCAUCCUCCAUCUCCGCACCAGUGUCGAGCGGCUACCCAGCCCCUACUGGCAUGCCAUCCGGCGGCUUCUCGUCGAUGUACCCCACUGCAUCAAGCGGUUUCUCGUCGGUCUACCCCUCGGCGUCGGGCAGCUACUCCGUUCCUGCCCCAUCUUCCUCUGCGCCAGCUGGCUACCCAAGCCCGCCGGCCGGUGGUGACUACGACAUGGACAGCCUGCUCGCUCAGGUCAUCAAGGCGGUGAAGGUACAACAGCAUCGCUCAUCCGAGAGCUGUUGGGUGAUACUCUACGGCAAUGUCUACGAUGUCACGUCCUUCCUUCCCGACCACCCAGGUGGUAGCAAGAUAAUCCUACAACUUGCGGGAUCAGAUGCAACAGAAGAAUACGACCCUGUACAUCCUCCCGGGACACUCGAAGAUAGCCUGCCACCAGAAGCGAAGCUAGGUCCGAUAGAUGCAAGCACAUUGCCGAAGGAGGAGAAAGCACCUGAACAAGAUGGUGGCAAGAGUCCGAAGAGGGAGCAGCGACAACAAGAGCAGGAUGAGGAUGCCAUCGACAGCCUAGAAGAAUGUCUCAACCUCGACGACAUCGAGAAGCUCGCCACGCAGCGAAUAAGCAGGAAAGCAUGGGGAUACUACUACUCCGCCGGCGACGACCUCAUGUCAAAGCGACUCAACAACCGCGUCUACUCCUCCAUCCUCAUGCGGCCCCGGAUAUUCGUCGACUGCACUAACUGCGACACCUCCACCGCCCUCCUCGGCAACAAGGUCAACCUCCCCUUCUUUGUUUCGCCCGCGGCAAUGGCGCGGCUAGGCCAUCCGGAUGGUGAACACGGUAUCGCACGCGCGUGUGCAAAGUUCGGCGCCAUGCAACUCAUUUCCCACAACGCCAGUCAAACACCUGAGCAGAUCGUUGCAGACGCGCAGCCUAGCCAAGUCUUCGGCUGGCAACUUUACGUCCAAUCCGAGCGGAAGAAGAGCGAAGCGAUGCUCGCACGAAUCAACAAACUCAAGUCUAUCAAAUUCAUCUGUCUCACUCUCGACGCUCCCGUUCCUGGAAAGCGGGAGCACGACGAGCGCUCGAAGAACGUCGGCUCUAACCUCGGCGUCCGAAGUUCAGUGCAAGAGGGCUCCGCGUCCAAGACCUCCGAAGACCCAGCCUCAGCAAGCGGUGGCGUGGGUAAAGCGCUCUUCGCCGGAACAGCGCCUGAUCUCACCUGGAAGACUACCCUGCCUUGGCUGCGGAAACACACUGAUCUGCCUAUCGUCCUCAAAGGCGUGCAGACUCAUGAAGACGCUUAUAUUGCUUCUCUCUACGCUCCUUUGGUCAGUGGGAUUAUCUUGUCGAACCAUGGCGGACGAGCAAUGGAUACCGCGCCCCCUGCUAUCCACACCCUCCUUGAGAUACGCAAGUACUGUCCCUCCGUGUUCAAACACCUCGAAGUCUGGGUCGACGGCGGCAUCAAGCGCGGCACCGACAUCGUCAAAGCGCUCUGUCUCGGCGCAAAAGGCGUAGGUAUAGGCCGAGCGCCUUUAUUCGGGCUCGGAGCCGGUGGGAAAGAGGGUGUAGAGCGGGUCUUGGAGAUUCUAAAGGCGGAGACGGAGACAGCUAUGCGUUUGCUCGGGGUGGAGAGGGUGGAGGAACUGGGGCCGAGAUGUGUAAAUGCGAGGGCGGUGGAGAGGGAUUUGUUUGAUGGGGUGGAGAGUCCGGGGAGGGAGAGGUGGGGGAUGUGGGUUAGGAGUAUGCUGUAG